GUCAUGGUGGUGGUAAUAAUGGUGGUGAUGAUGAUAGUGGUGGUAAUGAUGGUGGUGAUGAUGAUGAUGAUGAUGGUGGUAAUGAUGGUGGUGAUGAUGGUGGUGGUAAUGAUGAUGGUGGUAAUGAUGGUGGUAAUGAUGAUGGUGGUGAUGAUGAUGGUGGUGGUAAUGAUGGUGGUGAUGAUGGUGGUGGUAAUGAUGAUGGUGGUGAUGAUGAUGGUGGUGGUAAUGAUGGUGGUGGUGAUGAUAAUGGUGGUGGUAAUGAUGGUGGUGAUGAUGAUGGUGGUGGUAAUGAUGGUGGUGAUGAUGAUGAUGGUGGUGGUAAUGAUGAUGAUGGUGGUGGUAAUGAUGAUGAUGAUGGUGGUGGCAAUGAUGAUGGUUCAAUGAAAUACCAAGAAAUAAACUCACUUGUUGUGAUCUUGGAGGACCAAAAGCGCUUGAUAAUGAAUUACCACUAG